AGGAAAGAGAAGAAAAGAAAAGAAAGAAAGAAAAAAGAAACGAUCUUUGCGUGUUAAUGGCGCCUGAGGUCGUAAACGCUAUUCCUCAAUCUCUGUUAGUCAGAGAUUUUUCAAUUUUCGCAUUCAGCAGUUAUUUCUGAUCGGGUAGGAUCGAGUCGAAAAUUGCGAUUGAGUGAUAAUUUGAUGAUACGGUUGGAGGAGAGUGAUAAGCUGAGGAGUUAAUACUUUGUAGGUGAGAAUAGAGGGGAGUGGGGUUUAGGUGAUGUCUUUCGACGCAGGCGAGAGGCAAUGGAAAUGCGUAGCUCCAGUGAGUUUUCAGAGAGUGAGUUCGAUUGUGCGCGAUAUUGGGGAGCCUUGUCUAUAUCAGUCACCAUUAAAGGUUGUGUCGACUGCAGGAAAGAUGCUUAAGCCAGAUAAGUGGCAGUCAACCUUUGACAGCAAUGGAAAAAUUUCUGGUUUCCGGAAAGUGCUGAAGCUAAUCAUUUUGGGGGGUGUUGAUCCCUCCAUACGAGCUGAAGUCUGGGAAUUUCUUUUGGGUUGUUAUUCAUUGAGCAGCACUGCUGAACAUAGGAAGCAAUUAAGAGCUGCUAGGAGAGAACGUUACAGAGACCUUGUUAAGGAAUGUCAAGUGAUGCACUCUAGCAUAGGAACUGGUUCCUUGGCUUAUGUCGUAGGGUCUAAAGUCAUGGAUAUGAGGCUGAGUUCUCAAGAAGAAAGAAGGGAUGCUGAAGAUCAAACUGAACGAAUUUCGAAAAGCAAAGAUGUUAGUUGUGCUUUAGAUGGAAGCUGUACAGAUAAAUUUGAUACAUGUUUGGAGGAAAACUCUAAUGAUUAUGGUGACCUUGUAUCUGUCCGAAGAAGCACCAUGGGAGGAGCAUAUGAUUCCUCUAGUUAUCCACCUUCUCCUGAUCCAUGCAAUUACAGUUCCCCAAAUGCGUAUGGACCACAUGACUCCGAUUAUGGAUCUGAAAGUUAUUUGGACUUCCCAGCUUUACCCUUUACUAAUUUGUUUGAAGACAAAAAUAACAAAGACGGUGAUGCAGUUAGGUUUCCGGAUCACACAAACUCAACUAGGCGUAAAUUGAGAUAUGAAGAUGAUCAUAUGCACAGUUUUCAGAUUGAAAAUAAUGCAGAUCUUAUAGAGGAAUUAAAUAGUUUGUCAUCUAAUGAUGUCUCUCCACACACUAAUUCUAAUGGUGAAACUAUUCUCCCUGACACGCGUGAGUCGCCUCGGUCAAAUGAUGUGGAAUGCAAAGGACCAAAGCACAAAAUUAGGAUAUCAGAUGUACCAGAUAUACCUGCCAAAUAUGUAAACACAGCCCAGGGAGGAUCUGCUAAUGGAGAUAAAGUCUCUGAAUGGCUUUGGACACUGCACCGAAUAGUUGUUGAUGUUGUCAGAACAGAUAGCCAUCUUGAGUUUUAUGAGGACCCAAAAAAUUUAGCUAGAAUGUCGGAUAUUCUUGCUGUUUAUGCAUGGGUUGAUCCUGGAACAGGAUAUUGCCAAGGGAUGAGUGAUUUAUUAUCCCCUUUUGUGGUUCUUUUUGAUGAUGAUGCCGAUGCUUUUUGGUGCUUUGAGAUGCUCAUAAGGAGAAUGCGUGAAAACUUUACAAUGGAAGGGCCAACCGGUGUCAUGAAGCAGUUGCAAGCACUCUGGCAUAUUUUAGAACUUACAGACAGGGAAAUUUUUUCUCACUUGUCUCACAUAGGUGCUGAAAGCCUUCACUUUGCUUUCCGCAUGCUGCUGGUACUCUUCCGCCGGGAGUUAUCCUUCAAUGAAGCUCUUUGUAUGUGGGAGAUGAUAUGGGCUGCUGAUUUUGAUCUGUCCCUGACCUGUCUUCUGGAUGACAACCACCUGGAUGUAUUGUCCAUACACUUACCUAAAGAAACCGAGGCUGAAUCAGGAGAAGAUAGCUCUGAUAGUAACAAUGUUGGUCCGAAGGCUGGGAUACAAGAAAAACAUGGGACAGCAGAGUGUCCCAUGCCUGACGACACAGGGAUUGGAUCUGGAUCCACCACACCUUUUUGUGGGUUGGGAAAGCCGUUCUGGUCGAGGAAUGAACAAUUCCAUAUCCGUACCCUUUUAUCAACAAAAAAUGGUGAUGAUGAACUGCCUGUUUUCUGUGUAGCGGCUAUUCUCGUUAUGAACCGUAACAAAAUAAUCAGAGAAACUCAUUCAAUUGAUGAUCUAAUAAAGAUAUUUAAUGAUAAUAUAUUGAAGAUCAGAAUCAAGAGAUGUGUACAAACUGCCAUCAAACUACGGAAAAAGUACUUUUACAAGCUUAUCAAAAGUAGGAGUCCAGCAGCUCAGAAUGAGAGUUAAAUUCUGAUCUUCGAUACAUUAGAGAUACUUUUCCUCGGAGCCUUGAGUCCCUGCAGAAUGUUUGAGAAUUAAUGUUUUGGGUAGCAACUAUUUCUCUUCAUAGACCCUUGGAGGAACUGUUAGCCUACAAAAAUUAAAUAAAAAUCAUGCCUGUUUGUGUGCCUCCAAGGAGCAUUCCCCAUCUUUCUGAAGCUCUAUAGGUGGCUUCGUUUUUGUUUCCGUUGAAGGACUACGAAGUGAUGCAAGCUAGAACAUUAGACACUUGAAAAAAGGUUUCCUCAAAAUGGUGAUGCAGGUUAGGACAAUAGACACUGGAAAUGGAAAAAAUGUUGCUUAUAUUCGAAAAGAGUGGUUUAUAUCUUCAAUUUUGAUUUUUGAUCAUGUCAAAACUAUCCCAGUUAUUAAAGAAAUAUAUAUACUAAUAGAAUCAUGUGUAGUCCAUUUUCUUAGACGAAGUAAUUACAUGUAGAAAGUUUUCCACUCUUUAUUAAUUCUACUUUUAUUUGGAGUAAA